GGUGAAAUGAAGUUCUGUUAAUUAUCAUCAGAUCUACCAAAAACUGCUGGCAAAGAUGGCAUCGACAGCAUUUAACUCGAUCAAAGUAUUACUAGUCACCAAAACUUGUGGUUACCGUCAUGACUGCAUUCCCGCCCUGAUCUCAGCCUUCAACUCGCUCCUGUUCGAUGUAAAAGCUACCGAAGAUUCGAGUCACUUACUCUCUCUUUCGGACUUCGACGUUGUGGCUCUCGGGCAUAACACCGGCGAUUAUCUAACUGAAGAGGAGGUCAGCUCUUUGUUGAAUUUUGUCGAGAAUGGCGGUGGCGUUGUAGGCAUUCAUGCUGCUACAUCCGGCUUGAAGACAAACGCCAGGUAUACCAAGAUUUUGGGCGAGGUGUUUAAUGGUCACCCGCCGCCAGAAUGGAUGACUCUUGCGGUCGAAAACCCCGACCACUACAUCAACGGGUACGAUUCUCUUCCUGGUCCGGACUCGGCGCCAGAGUCAGCUCCUGCCUGCCCCGUCAAGACAGAGUCUCUUCCAGCGAAGCAUUUUCCCUGGUUUGACGAGGUGUAUACCUUCAAAUCGCACCCACGUAUUGAAGGCCGCACUGUCUUGCUUUCGGUGCAGGGGGAUAACGAGGAAAGUGCUGAAACAUCUGGCUUUCCGUUGUCGUGGACUCAUACGGUCGGAAAGGGAAGGGUGUAUUACACUGCUCUGGGCCAUUUUGAUGAGGCAUAUAAAGAUACGUGGUUCAUGGGAAGCUUGCGCAGAGCUGUUAUUUGGGCUGCGAAGAAGGAAUGAGGGCAUGUCGUGUUAGUGAGUAUAGUGCCAUGCACUCCAUUCGGGUCAAAUACGCAAGAGAUAUAACUAGGACGCGCGAUCGGCGCGCCCAAUCUCAGUUCUCGCAGCUGCUGUUCAUCAUAAUCGUGCG